AUGUUUAGAAGAUGUUAUAAAUUAUUAACAGGUAGUGGAUGUGGUGGUGGAUGUUCAAGUAACACUAUAAAUACAUUAAAUAAUAUAAAUAUUGGUGUUGCUUCACCAGUGGUCGCUACACCAAAGAAAACCAAAAAUCUGAUUGGUAUAUCAAAGGAAGAUCUUACUAAACAAUUGACAGAGUUGGGUGAUUUUCAAAGUUAUAGAAUCGAUCAGAUUUGGUCGUGGAUUUACAAUAAGGGUCAGAAGAAUAUCGAUAACUUUUCGAAUCUUUCAAAUGUACAGAAAUCAUUGUUGAAAGAAUACUAUCAUAUAGACUAUGGAACACUAGACUCUGAUCAACUCUCGAAAGAUGGUACUCGUAAGAUACUGGUCGGAUUCUCUGGUGAUCAAGUAGAGACUGUUUUCAUUCCCGAAGCAAGACGUGGUACUCUCUGUGUUUCGUCGCAAGUCGGUUGCACUUUUGGAUGUAAAUUCUGUUUCACCGGUACACAAAGAUUAGUUCGUAAUUUAAAUGUUUCUGAAAUUUUGGGACAAUUCAUGAUGGCAAGAUCUUUGAUGAAUGAUUUCGGACAUACAACAGAGAAGAGAUUGAUUUCCAAUGUAGUAUUUAUGGGUAUGGGUGAACCAUUGAUGAAUUAUAGAGCGGCGAGUGCGGCACUGAGGAUUAUGACAGAUCCGAACGGUCUGAGUCUGAGCAAGAGCAGAAUUACAGUUUCGACAUCGGGUGUGGUGCCUCUCAUUGAAAGACUCGGCAAGGAGUUCCCUGGCAUCGGAUUGGCAAUCAGUCUGCACGCAUCGAACAACAAGACACGUUCAGAGAUCGUGCCGAUCAAUCAACAGUGGCCAAUCGAAGAGCUGAUCAAGACAUGCAUAGAAUUCUCAAAGCUCAACACCAAUAAGAUCACCAUUGACAAACCAGAGAAGAUCAAGGAAUUUGCAUCGAUCAUUGCCAACGCCGGACUUAAAGUGACCAUAAGACAGAGCAGAGGUCAAGAUAUUCUCGCUGCAUGUGGUCAAUUGAAAACGGAAUCAGUCAAAGUAAAGAAAACAUUACCACCUCAAUUAGCAACUAUUUCAGAAUAA